AUGAGUCUCUAUCAACUUGCUCCCAAACCACCCACCAAGCUCGGUAUCUAUCGUACCCUGGCCCCCACUGCGGGUGUGCACGUUUCCCCACUCGCGUUGGGAGCCAUGUCCAUCGGGGACAAAUGGCAACAGUACGGAAUGGGUGCAAUGGACAAGCAGUCCUCAGUGAAGCUGCUGGAUGCGUAUUUCGACGCAGGCGGGAAUUUUAUCGAUACUGCGAACAACUACCAAGACGAAAGCUCAGAGCAGAUCAUCGGCGAGUGGGCUGAGAAGCGUGGCAUUCGUGACCAGCUUGUCAUUGCUACCAAAUACACAACCAAUUUCAAACGAGGCUCUAAUGAAGCACAGAAGGUUAACUUCACUGGAAACAACGUCAAGUCGAUGCAUCUCAGCGUGGAGGCGAGCCUGAAGAAACUCAGAACGUCUUACAUCGACAUCUUAUAUCUUCACUGGUGGGACUUCGACACCAGUGUUGAGGAAGUCAUGAACGGAUUGCACAUCCUUGGUAUCUCUGACACACCUGCCUGGAUUGUGUCCAAGGCAAAUCAAUAUGCUCGUGAUUACGGGAAAACCCCUUUCGUGAUCUAUCAGGGCAUGUGGAACAUUUUGGAGCGCUCAUUCGAGCGCGACAUAAUUCCCAUGGCUCGCGCUGAAGGUAUGGCGCUCGCUCCUUGGAACGUUCUCGCCAGCGGUAAAUUCCGCACAGACGAAGAGGAGCAGAGACGCCGCGAAACAGGAGAGAAGGGGAGGGAAACGUUUACCGGAAGUUGGGAACGCACCGAAAAUGAAAAGAAGGUGUCCCAUGCGUUAGAGAACGUAGCCAAGGAGGUUGGCGCCAGCCACAUCACCGCCGUUGCCAUCGCAUACCUUAUGCAGAAAAUGCCGUAUGUUUUCCCCCUAGUUGGAGGGCGCAAGGUCGAACAACUGUAUGGGAACCUCGAGGCACUUGAUAUAUCAUUGUCUCCGGAACAGAUCAGGUAUUUGGAAAAUAUCGUCCCGUUUGAUCCGGGGUUCCCUACCUCCAUGAUUGGCGAUGGGUCAUCUCCUACUAUGCUUCUCGCACAUACCGCUCAUUUCGAGAAGGUCCCGCGCGUCGAACCAAUCAGGCCAUCAGGAAAAUAA